AGAAUCUGAAUCCGGACGAGGAAAAAGCUCGAGGUUUAGUUCACAUUUAUUUAUUCUGGUUCAGUAAGAUGCGAAGAUCGGCUUCUUCAGCUUUACGGGGCAGGAGGGUCUUUUUGGCAACCCCUAUGGCUGCCCAAAACGGCAGCGUUUUGGGCCCAAGGUGGGCCAAAACGGCAACCUCCCUGCCGUUUCAUUUGGCAUGCUGGUUCUUGUCUUUUAGCCUGCCUCUCUCCCGAUCGUUGAUGCUCUGCUAUUUCCUUUAUACGACUCGAUCUCCACCGCUUGAGUCGCCUUUAUAUCAGCUACAGUCUCCUCGGGAUCGGUAGAGCGACGGCCUCCGAUUAUCUGUUGCAUUAGAGUUUGUUCUGAUUAUUCUUUUGUUCUCAUUCUCUUAGUUUUUGGAUGUUCUUUGUUUUUGCUCUAUUCUCUAAGUUGUAAGCUUCUAACCUUAGAUUGUGGUUAUGGGGUCGAGCUAAUUUUCAGAGGGUUUUUCGUUGUACAAUGAGAUCAGAGAGUUGUUGUUUUUGGUUUUGUAAUCGGUGGCUCGCUGGCUGUAAAUCUUUAUCCCUAUAGUGCAGUGAACUCUCUUUGUCGGAGCUCAACGUGGACGUAGCCCUCUUUAAUGGGUGAAGCACGAAUUAGAACUCCCAGACUGACCAGAGAAACCUUGCUCCAUGUCAAUUGGGCUUCGAGUUCAUGCCUCCUUCAUAUUCUAGGAUAUCAAAAGAUGAUUGAACUCUGGUUAUUAGGAACUCCAAGCUUUGGAUCUGGUGGAAUCUGGUGUUGUAAGGUUUACUAAUUGGACUUGUGUCCCCUUGGCGACACUGCAGCAAUGAUGCAUCCCUGUCGAGGAAAUCCAAAUGGGUUUAUUCUUACCCCCACUGGAAGUAGUAAAAGGCUAUUAUAAGCACUGCAACCGUGGAGCAUCUCUGUCAAAGAAAGCAGGAUUGCUUAAUUCUUACCCCCACUGGAGGCAGUAAAAAUCUGUUACAAGGAAACUGAUAUCUGGGGCCAAAUUGCAUUACUGCAGAUGUAUAUUGAACUUUUGUAAAUCUUGAGCACAUUUGUGUUUUGGGGUAUUAUUGGUGAGGAAAUGGAUAUUGAGCAACGAGGGACAAAGGGAGGUUUCUUUAAGUUGUUUGACUGGAAUGCCAAAUCCAGGAAAAAGCUGUUCUCGAACAAGUAUGAAUUGCCAGCUGUCCUAAAGCAAGGAAGUGAAAAUGUUACAGAAAAUGGAAUCCGCCCACACCUUGUGGGUUUACAUCAUAACGGGACUGGUCUGAGGGACAAAGCAAGUAAUGAUCAUAAUUUUUCUUUAUCAGUGAGAUGUGAUGAUGGAUAUAGAACUAGAGUGCCAGGUGUAGUUGCUAAGCUCAUGGGCCUGGACUCAUUGCCCAAUUCAAAUGGUUCUGAAUCUGAAUCCUCUGCUACCCCAUUUUGUGACUCUCCAUUCGUCAGUGAUUCUCGUUCCAGAAGGUGUGACUCCAAUUUUCAGAUUGAGCAUCACAUUAAAAAUGAGGUGCCAAAAUUCCUAGAACCAAGUGUGCAAAAGAUGCAAAACCGGACGAUUGAGAGGCCUCAAAUCAAAAUAUUACCUCCAAAAUCAGCUAAAUCCAUUCCACUGCCCCAUCAUAGGUUGUUCCCUACCAAAAGUUCUGGUUUUGUCCCAACAGACAAAGUUACCUGCAUAGUGGAGGCAGAUGCAAAAAUUAUAGAGCAAGGUCCUCCAGCAACUACACCCGAGGGUAGGAUGCCAUGCUCUAGGCCUUCAGUUUCCUUGAGAAUUCCAGAUAUGAAAGAGAAAACAGAUACCAAACAUACAGUGUCUGGGCUUCCUGAGGCAUCUCGAGUACUGAAAGAGCCUAACUCUGUUAUUGGUAGGAAGGUAGAGGAUGGUGGGAGGAGGCUAACUGGAAAUACACAACUGUCCAACAAUUCUAUGGGGUCACUAAAAAAUAGUCAUGAGAGUAUGAAGAGGAAGGGAUCGUCAGCUUCAAUUGCAACCCAAGCAAAGGCUAAUAUUCAGAAAAAAGCAGGAUUCAUUUCAAGUAGUAAUAGGAGUUCAACUAGCCAGAAGGAAGGUGAUCUUGCUAAGCCAGGGCCUAAUAAGAGCCAAACAAAUACCCUAAAGGGUGUGCAGAAGAGGGCUUCUACAAAUAGGACUUCUGAUGUGCUCAGGAAGAAUAACCAGAAGCGGAACUUUGUAACUAACAAAGACAGAGCAACUUCAAGAGCUUCAGUCUCCAACCAGGAGGACAGAAAGGUUCCAGCAAAUAAUGGUUCUGUUAGGCCUAAUAAGGUGUCAAAUAAGGUAAACGGUGAUUCUGUGGCAAAUGAUACUGGGAAGGAACUUCAAUCAUCUAAAAUGAAGACUUUUUCAAAAAAGAAGCAUUCUGUUCAUAAGGAUGUACCUUUUGAAAAAAUUCUUGCUAAGAAUGUACUAAUCAAUAAGCAAGAAAGGUCUGAAAGAUAUAAUAUAGCAAGUGGUGGUUGCAUGAACCUGGGUGCAGUUGACAGGAAAAGCAGAAUGGAUGUUAUUUCUUUUACAUUCACUUCUCCCAUUAAAAGAUCAUUACCUGGAGUCCUGCCCUCUUGUUUGGACAUAGAAAAGAAUAAUCAUCUUUCUUCUGGUUCUUGUCAUGGCUAUGAUACCCAUGACUUAAAAAGGUUAUCCUCUCUGGGAUUGAGUGUAAUUGGUGGAGAUGCUUUGAAUGUCCUCCUUGAUCAAAAGCUUAAGGAAUUAACAUGUAAAGUUGAGACAUCUGCAAAUAACUUUGUUGAAGCUGAGAGUACUGCUUAUUCUUCAUUUAGUUUGCAAGAUUCCUUUCCCAAUCUCAAUGUAAUAAACACUGUAUCUUCAGAAAUUGAAAAUAGCUGUCAACUUAAUUGGCACGAAGAUCAAUCCAGCUGCCCAUAUGAUUGCUCUUCAGUUGAUAAUCUUUGGCUCAAAGCUAAACAAAAGUACCAGGAGUUUGAGGAAAUGGAAGCGCACGGCAGUGACAGCAACACCGGUGAAACUGGAAAAGGACUUGAUUUUGAAUAUCCUAGUUCAAUUUUAAGCCUUGAACCCUCUUCCUCUGGUGGAAGUUGCUGCUCACUGGAUAGCAAAACCAGUUGUAUUACUAAUUGCAGCAAGCACUCUUUGUUGGCAAGCACUUGCCAAACAGUCACUUGUAUCCAUGGGAGAAAGUGCUUACCAGGAGCAGUUGAGAAAGAGUUACCAGAUUCAGCAUCUUCCCAAUUAGCUCCAUUCAUGGGUGGAAACGAUAUGGUUUCUACUACAUUAGGUUUGAUGGAUGUCAACAGAUCAUCCAAGUCCACGUGGGAAUUAGAAUGCAUAACAAAAGUACUAUGCAGUGCAGAUUUCCUUUUUGAGGAUUUUAUUCUCGGUCGGGUCAACAACUUGAUGACUCUCAAUCUCUUCGAUCAGUUGGAGAAUCAGAAAACUGGACUGGAUGAACAUGUAGAAGAGUAUUUCAAGCUCCAGCAUGAGGUUUUGAUUGAUUGUGUGAGUGAAUGGCUGCAACUGAAGUGGGAAAGGCAGUUUGGCCCAAGCUGCAAGGCAUGGCCCAAAUGGGCAACAUUGAUUGAAAGGAAGCAGUGUUUGGCGGAGGAAUUGUACAGAGAAAUUUCUAGUUGGAGAAAUAUGGGAGACUUGAUGGUGGAUGAGCUUGUCUACAAAGACAUGAGCUCCUGGUAUGGGAGAUGGGUCCACUUUGAAAUUGAAGCAUUUGAAGAGGGUGAAGAGAUUCAAAAGAUGAUUGUAACUUCUUUGAUUGAUGAGUUGGUUUCUGAUUUCUUGUUGAUGUAUAGCCAUUGAAGCGUUUGUAGAGUUGUAGAGAUAGAGGAGAUUCUAACUUCCUUGGUUGAUGAGGUGGUUGCUGCUUUGUUGUUGAUCUGAAGCCAUUGAAGCAUCUGAAGAGGGUACUGUAAAGACUGAGAAGCGGGAUCCUAACUUCUUUCGCUGAUGAGGUAAUUGCUGAUUUCUUUUAAUCUAAAGCUUGCCUGAUGAGCUUUUUAACUAAUUUAUUACAUUUGAACUGCCUGUGUACAAAAUUAUUGUUGCUCUAUUCUUUUCUGUAGCAUAUGGAAGUAAAAAGAUGCAUUAAAUCUAAUCCUUGGUAAUCCACAUGUAUAGAGACAUAUGGGCUUCUUUCCAUUUUGAUAAAUGGGAAUUUGUUGCGUGACUAGUUGACAAUUAUAUAAUUGUAUGCUUCAAGUAAGUUAUAGGGCUUGUUACUUAGAAUCAUGUCUGAUGGUGCUAGUGUUAUUAUUACAUUGUUAGAAUAAGAGGUUUGUGUAUGAACUAGGAAAUAUUUGUAUGGAAGAUGAAAUUAUUUCCUUUCAUAGAAACCACAACAUUUGUGGACUUUAUUUCUCAUACAAGCUAAAAUUUUAUUAAGAGUAUUUGUUUUAGGUAGAAUAGAACCUUUAUAGUAAACUGCAGGUAUCAUAUCAAGUAUUUCUUGUCUUCUACUUCUAUUCUUAUAAGUUUUUUUGUAUUCCUCUAAUUUUCUGACAAAAGUAUCUCAAGAGUCAUCUAUUAACUCUUCUUCCAGUUUUAACAUAUUAUAAGGAAUUAGUAAAAGCUAUGAAUUUCAUAAUUUAAUUUUAAAAUAAAAAAGUUAAAAAUAUUAAAUAGAAAUGAUUAUCAAUUUAGAAGUUAUCUAGUGGAUUUCAAUAAAAGUAUAACUUUGAUGGUACACACUAAUUUUGUUUUUGCUUUUUUUUUUUUUUUUAAAGUAUGAAGAAUAAAAAAUAAUUAUUCCUCAAAUAUUUGUAACAUUAGAUGACCCAUAUAUACAGAUAUAUAUAUAUAUAAAUGUUAAUAUCUUGUUCGGUUGGUUUAGUGGCAACCCAAGUAGAGGCAUGGGAAAACGGUACCACUGCUCUCCUUUAUUGGAUGGACAAAAAGCUGAGAUGGGUGCACGGUUUUCUGUGUUGCCUAAAGAAGAUCAUUAUCACUCCACUCCACUGUCCACUCCCAUUGGGUUAUCUUUAUGAACAAAGUAGUGUGUUUAUUCCAACAUAAACACUACUUAAUUAAUAUUACCAUCAACUUGACCAGACCUUAAGGUUUCAAUUAAUUAAAUAUUAAUUAUUAAACAAACCUCGUAUUAGCUGCCUAGAAAGUCAGAAUCAUGGGCUCAGCACAGGCAUGGCAUUGCUUGCACCGUAUCAAGAAAAGAAAGAAAGAAAGAAACCCAGUACAGUAGUACCAUCAGAGCGGGUGCAUUGGAAGCAAUGGUGGGCUGACUUUUUAGAGGAGCAAAAUUAAAAAAUGGAUUGAUUAUUGAAUAUUUUGUGAUUUUAUUUUCUGACUAUAAUAAUUAAUUAAUUCAAGCACAACCUUGAACCCAACUUGGCUCCUAGAAUCUGUAAAGCUUUUGAGGGGAAAAGUGAUAUAGUAAUGGUAAUAGAUAGUAUUAUUCUAUUUGUGUAAAAAGGUCCGCAGAUUUAAUUUAAUUAGCUAGCUGCUGCUCCACGUGAACGUGGAAAGAUCCACACCUUCCAGCCUUGGGUUCCCAUUGUUUUCUUAAAAAGUCAAUGCUUUGCUCACGUUGUCAAGCCGACUCAUUGGAUUCUUUUUUU